UGUAAUUAAUGAAAUAAUCAUUUAGUCCUCACCAAAUAAAAACUGAAAAUCAUCACGACGUAAUUGUGCUAUAAACAUGUAACAUUAACUGUAUAUUAACUUCAAAGUUUUCAAAUAUUAUAUGAGGCAUUUGUAGUACUAGUGAACGUCUACAAUGUUUCUUGUUCUAGACAUUGAAUUCGUACGUCGUCAUCAAAGUUUGAUAUUACAAGGCAACGAAAAUGGCAGUGUAUUUGAAAAGUACUUUUCGUUUUUAUAGGGGGUAAUGAUGUUAAUAUAUAUACAAAAUAAACAUCUUGCUGAUAUUUUAUAAAAUGGUUAUAUUUGAAUAGUAAAAAGAAGUUGCAUGAUACUUAUGAAAUAUCGUAUAUUUGAAUAUACAAUAUAACCGGAAGGACUCAACAACGUAACUGAUCAGCCAUCAUUAUUUCUUCAUUGUCCAAGUUUGAAUCUUGUAACGGUCGCAUAGGUACUUAGAUGGAUCCAGUUUACCUUUACUACACCUAUUCUAACCUUCUGUGUGUUUAUAUUUAUGAUCUCUGAUUGUGUUAAUUAAAUUGUAUCCUUUCUUAUAUCGGUUACGCUGAUGACAGGCUUACUCAGUUGGUAUUCACAAUAUCAGAUAAUAAAUAAGAACCAAUGAUGGAGGAUACAAAUGACUUACUAGUAUGUGCAUCUGAGUUCAUAAAAGAUCGAUUAUAUUUUAUAACAUUGAGGACAAAGCCAAAGAGUACUCCAAACAUCCAUUAUUUCAGUAUCGAUGAUGAGUUAAUCUAUGAAAAUUUCUAUGAUGAUUUUGGUCCACUGAAUCUUGCUAUGUUAUAUCAUUAUUGUCAAAAGGUUAAUAAAAAACUUAAAGCAGUAACUCUUAGAAGAAAAAAGAUCGUACAUUAUACAACAAUGGAUCCACCAAAAAGAGUCAAUGCUGCUUUUCUUAUAGGAAGUUAUGCAAUAUUAUAUUGUAAACGUACCGCAGAAGAAGCAUAUAAUUGCUUAAAUAGUAGUCCUGACAGUCCAUCAUUUAUAAUGUUUCGGGAUGCUUCUGUUGGUACACCUUGGUUUGAAAUAUCUCUGAUUGAAUGUCUUAGUGCCAUAUAUAAGUGCCACAAACUUGGAUUUUUUAAUUUUCAAGAUUUUUGUGUUAAGGAAUAUGAAUAUUUUGAAAGAGUUGAAAAUGGAGAUUUAAAUUGGAUUGUUCCUGGUAAAUUUAUAGCAUUUUGUGGUCCUUAUGCUAAAUUUAAAAUAGAAAAUGGAUAUCCACUUCAUGCACCAGAAUCAUAUUUUACCUAUUUCCAUUACAAUAAUGUAACUACAAUUAUACGUCUUAAUAAAAAAAUUUAUGAUGCUUCAAUCUUCACAGAUGCAGGAUUUGAUCAUAAAGAUUUGUUUUUUAUUGAUGGUUCAACUCCAACAGAUUCAAUCAUGCGGCAAUUUCUUAAAAUAGCAGAGAAUGCAAGUGGUGCUGUUGCUGUACACUGUAGAGCAGGACUUGGUAGAACAGGUUCUUUGAUUGGUUGUUACAUUAUGAAACAUUAUCACUUAACAGCUCAUGAAACAAUUGCAUGGAUACGAAUAUGUAGACCAGGUUCUGUAAUUGGACAUCAACAGGAAUGGUUGGAGAAAAAAGAAGCAUAUCUUCAUUCUUUAUUAAAAGAGCCACUACAACCUCAGAAUGGAAAUCCAGUUCAUGAAUACGGUAUAUAUUCUAUAAAUGGUAGACCGAAAACAUCAUUCUUAUCCAAUUUAAAAAGUGCUCAUGUGGUGCAAGAUAAUGUUUCGGGAAUAAUGCAUUGUGUGGAUGGAAUUACAUUAGAUGAUCAUGCAAGCACUAGCACAACUAAAUAUACAACCUUAACUCAGGGUGAUAAAUUAAAUCAAAUUAAAGCUAAAAGAAAACGAUUACCAACAAAUCAUACUUCUCUUAACACAGCUACUAGACCAUCAACAGUAGUAAAUCCUUACUUAAGGUCAUUAUUACAAACAAGAACUCAGAAAAAUACAAUUAAUACAUUAACUGGAAGUAAAGAAAAGGAUUCUACAAAAAGACUUCUCCCUAGAUCUACUACGACAACUAUUGCUAAAAGAAACAGUUGGCUAGUUAACAGUACAUGUGAACCAUCUCCGCCUCGUGUUAAGUCUACUAAACCAACAACACGGCUCCACAAUAUCAGCAACAACACAUCUUCCACUACUCGUGUUACUACGAUGCCUGUAUCAAAACCAGUGACAAGGGCCAGUAUCAAAACUUCUUGUAUCACAGAAACACAAUCGACAAAUUCGUCCGCAAACAAUUUGAUAACACAACCGCAGCGAGGCAUGAAUAUGAUCCUCAGGUCUGCAGAUCGAGUAAAUCGCUAUCAUUCUCUAAGACAUGCGCGUACGACCAAAAGUUAUAAAACUGCAUUUAUCAGAUGACUAACCGAUAUUCUCAAUGGCAUCGGAGAAGACAAUCCGGUAGCUCAAGCAUCUCGACAUCGCAGAAGAUCUCAUCGUUUAAAUUCAAUCAUUCAGUAAAAACAUCAUACUAAUCAUCAAUCUUCAAUUCAAACAAUUGUUGUUUUUGUCGCGAUCAACGAAGAUCAAGUAGAUCUACAGCUGUUAUCAUAGUUCUUCCUAUGGUUCACUGGUAGGUUGUUUAGGUAUGGUUUCUCGUAGUUAUAUUUUAUGUUUAUAUUUGAAAUGUUGGGUUAUAAGUUUCUCAUAAUUAUACAAUUUUUUCUCUUUGUCGCUUUUAAAGAUUCUUCCUUAUUUCGCGACACAUUGAACGAUAAAUAAAAUAAAAAUAUAAUAUUUUAUCAAAUUUGAUUUACUAUAUUAUCUUUCUGCUGGUCAGAAAAAAUAAUAUUAUGGAUAAAUAUCUUCAAAUAAUUAAAUUCGAAAAUUUCCACUUUGUCUACUUAUUACUAUUUUAAUAUAAAUUUAUGUAUUACUUGAUUUUAUUUGAACUUCGAUUUUAUUAAAAGAAUAGUAACUAUUGUCAAAAUGGUAAUUUCUCUCUUAUGUAGAAUUUUUUUAUUUAUUUUAAAUCAUGUUAUCAGCAUUUUUCAAUGUGUUCAAGAACUUGUUUACAGAAAUUUGUAUAAAACGACUAACAUUUAUCAUCAUUUCCUUUUUUUUUUUGAUAUUUUGAAUUAUUAUUAAUUAUUAAAUUUGAUUUUAAUGUUUAUUUACGUGGCAAUUAUUCUUACAAACUAUAAGUUUUAUUACGUUCAAUAAGAAAAAUAAUGAAAUGAAUAGAAACUUAAAAUCCCAAUAUGUGCAUUCUUACUUAUAACUAUGCAAUGAACAUAAUUUAUUUAUCUUAAUGUAAAAGAUAAAGUCACCCAUACAUAAUUCUUGAAUUAUAGAAGAAUAUUAUGUAUACUAAAUAGAUUUUUAAACUUUAAAUUAAAACAACAUUUUGUGAUGAUUAUAAAUUUUGUAACUAGAUAGAUUGUAGAAACUUGUUAUUGUGCUAAUCAUAUUACUAUUCUAUAUAGUAUUCUUUAAUAAGAAAUUGCAAUUCUAAUGUAAGAGGAUCAAUUUAUGUAUAGUACUUAUAUAAGUGCUACACGACAUGAGGUUAUAUGAUCAGUAUAAUUAUACUAACAAUAUGUAACAAUUUUAACUGGGUCUUCAGGUUAUCUUAUUUUAUAUCUUUACUUUUUUAUAUUGUCUUUAACACAAAACGUAUAGAAAAUGUGAUUAAGCCCCGGUGCACAUGAGUAUGUGACUCCGUUAUAUGAAACAAAGUUGUUGAGUUGCACAGCAUCACAUCAUUUAUUUCUACCCGAUUUUAAAAAUAUCGUUAAAGUUAUUUUGCAAUACAAACUUCUUGUCAUCAUAUCUUAUCAUGAAAAAAAACAGAUAGUUUAAACAAAUGAAAUAAAAUAUAUUGAGAAAACGA